AUGAGAUACCUCACACUUCCCAGGCCUCUCAUAGCAAAACUCUCCCUGUCGGCCAGCUUCUACAAAAGGAUAGCAACCAUGUCUAACAGACAGGAAGGGCCGCGAAAUACCCCCCAGAGGCCCAAGAGACCGCCUCUGACCCACUUUCUAUGCCUACCGCUGGUGAAUCUGGUAUCGUUGCCCCAGCUGGAAUCAUCCUUGGCAAUAUUCAAGCAGGCAAUCCCCUUCUGUCCGCGGAAGGAGAAUGAAAGCACCCUGAAACCUCUUCGACCGCUCAUUCCAGAUAGCGCGCUGCGUCCUCUUGGGACUCUCCAUCUUACGCUGGGUGUAAUGAGUCUCGGCACCAAGGAAAGGCUGGAUGAGGCCAUUGAGUUUUUUCAAGGACUGGAUCUGGUUCAGAUGAUGUGGGAAGCGGAGAGAAUUGCGAAUGCGAAUCGGGAGAGAAAGAAAGGGGUACAGAGAGUGCGCCAGAUGGGUGGAUCUAUCGAGUCCGGGAAUUCAUCCAGAGAAGUUAGCGGUUCAGAUGAUGCGUCUUCUAAAGAGGCGCAUGGGGAGUCUGAGUCUGCGAUCGUCCCCAAGCCUUUCACAAUCUCCUUGGAAUCGUUACAUGCUCUUCCACGGGCUCGAAAUGCGACAGUGCUUCACGCUGUACCCGUCGAUCCUACGUUGCGAUUGUAUCCGUUUUGUGUGAUGCUGAGAGACAAAUUCCUCGAAGCGGGAUUCCUGCAAGGGGAAUACAGGGCCGCAACUCAAGUGCAGAGUUCUGAUAAUAAUAUCCACACUGAGUCCUCUUCUCAAAUUCCAGCAGCGACAGUGGACUUGGUGGUGGAUGAGCCCAAUCGAAACACCAUCCCUAUACCCCGAAAGUCUAAGCCCAGGCCUCUCCUGCUCCAUGCCACAGUCGUGAACACGAUCUACGUCAAAGGUCGUCGUCGAGGCAACAACAACAAUAAUAACAAAGGUUUGAGAGACAAUGGAAAGUUCGACCGUAACAGCAGGAACAGCAACCAAUACUCAUUCGACGCCCGAGACAUACUAGCUCACUACAAGGAUUACUACCGCGAUGGCGAUAGGAUGCAACCCCGAAGAACGACAAUUGCUUUAACUAGAGAAACAGCACCAACAGAGCAACUAAUACUUGAAGGCCAAGAACAGGGAGACGAGCCCAGAACGCCUAAAGAUGAUGACACCGGAGCCCUUGAGGACUGCGAAAAGAGAAAACAAGUGGAAGUAGUAGCAGCAGAAGAGAUCAAGUAUCCUUUUCUUUGGGCCAAGGACUUUCCUCUUGAAAAGAUUUGUAUCUGUGAGAUGGGUGCGAAGAAGGUUGAUCUUUCUGUUUCCCCGGAUUCACCGCACGAUGGUAUUUCAAGUCGGCUUGGAGAGGAAUACCGUGUUGUUUCUGAAAGGAGUCUAAUAUUCCAAUAA